AUGCUUGACAACGGCUUGCUCAUCUUCCUGCAGAUUGUUGGCAUAUUCUUCAACCUUAUGCAGGUGGGGCUCAUCUGGAACAUCCGAAGAAGGGAAGCGAUCUGCAGGAAGGAGAAUGGAAUAUUGAGAAUCCGGCUCAUGGAAGCUGUCCAGACCUGUGAAAGGAUCGCGCAGGAUCUGCAGCAGGCGAGGCCUGCGUCUGCUGAGUGUGCUGCUACCACUCCAGGCUCUGCCUCCGGCUCGGCCUCUCGACCACCGCCCGCAUACAUGGUAUAG